CUCUCCAAUUGUUGCUGUGCAUCUGUGGCUCACUUGACGAUCUUCUGUGUUGUGCGCAUUCGUCUACACCGCCAUGGCAACCGAGUCUUCAUCGUCGUCUUCCUUUGCGGUUCCUUCUACUCGUCUUUCCGACGACUUGUGCUGCUUCUUGGACGCCCUGGAGCGCAACCAACCCACCAAUACGGUCGUACACAUACGCAAAGGCCGUCUCCAGCUCGAGACGUUCCUGCUGCAGCAACAUAGCGGCGCUAAGACCUUCGAGGAAGUGAUAGAGAAGGAUUCAUCACAGUGGCAAGAACAUGUGACCAAGGCCAGGAACGACAAGGAUGUGAGAGUGCAGCAGCGUCAUAUGAUGCCGGAGCUCUUACCUGGACUGGAGCUCGUGCGCGACAUCAAGGUGGGGAGACCAGGAAGACCCGACGAUGCUGUGUACCUCAAGUCGGCGUACGCUAGAGAAUGGCUACCACGCGGUAAUUGCAUUGCAGAGUGGAAGACACAAGAAACUACCUACUUCUUCCCGCUUAUCCGAGGUUACAGGAAGUUUACGGGCCAAGAAGACGACGGAGAACUAAAGAAACGAACCGGGAAUGAAGAGGAGGAGCUGUCCAAGUUCUUCACUAAGCCACAGACUCAGAGCAAGUGGGUGAUCUCAACCACCAAGGAAAACGGUGAGGCAGGUCACUUGUCAGUACUUAAGCGAAGCGACGGCGAGUUCGUUUACGUGCUUGGAUCCAAGAACACGCACCUGAUAGCUCAGACAGUUGAAGACAUUGAACGGACUCGAGAGACCCAGAAGAAAGAAAGUGGCAACGACCCGUUCUUUGCCGCGGCGCCGAUUGCUACUGCUAUUUUGCGAAUGCUGUUUUCUCUGGAGGCAGCGAAACGUAAGCUGCUCUGUGAUUUCUUGUGGCAGACGCGCACCACUGCAUCGUUCGAGGUGUUGUGUCCAAGCCACCAGCACGUGCAACUGCUAGACUACUUGUCGGAAGAUACGCCUGUGUUUUAUGGCUUAUCAUUGAUGACGCUAAACACUCCGGAAGGCGCAGAGAUCUGUGUGAACCCCGUGUUGCCGUACGAGCUCAUGCGCGCGCUUGGAAUCCGCACAGUGACUUACGAUAUCGUCGAGUUUAAUGUGGAUGCAUUUGAAGCCGCACUCGAGCGCAGCAAGUGUGCGUAUCAGCAUGAAGGUGGCGUCCAUUUGUUCUUAGACGACGAUGCUUCCGUCAUCGGUAUGCAGAAGCACAAGAGUAUUUGGUAUGUAUGUCUGCGUGCCAUACGGGAGAAAGCCAAGACGUUCUGCCGUACUUUAAACUCAAAGAAGCCUCCCAAAGGCAGAGCCAAACCUUUGACUCCAAACCAGGUGCUGAUUACCGGAAAGGAAUCGGUGAAGAAGCGUUUUCAAGCCAUCCCAGGAUUUCUUCGCAUCUCGGAUGAGGUCUCUAACGAUUACGAGGCACUAGGCGAGCAGUUCCUCGAGUAUCUGUUUAAAAAUGAGCUUUUCAGUGGAGUUGUGGCCACUUCUGAGCAGGAAGAAAAGUGUAAACAGGUUGCUAGAGAUGUUGUGGAUCUCUUCCCCAUCGUGUGGAAAAGGUUUCUGGAUCACACUGGUACAAGCGAUGUCAUCGGCACGCAAUAGACAAUAGAAACCACAUAAAAUUUAUACUAUCCGAUACACCCUACUGUGUGAGCCGAACUCAAGGAUCAACUCGCGUGAUGAGCCACCCACUGCCUCGCUCAUAGUUGACUGGCUUUGUCUUGCCACCACCAAGUUUUAACCGUGCCGUCAUGAGAGCUCGAAGCAAGCAGCGCCUGCUUCUCGUGCCAGCGAGCAUUAUACGUAACACCGCGGUGACCAGAGAGCCUCUCCAGCAACUUGCCCGUAGCCACUUCCCACACGUACACGAAGCCAUCCUCCGAUCCACCCAAGACAAAACUCUCGCGUGGACCGAAUGAGGCUCGCACGAUGUUUUUCGCAGUGUUUUGAUGUCCCUUGAAACGUUGCAGCGGACGUUGCUCCACAUGGCGGCUGCCCGAAAAGCCGGUGCUUCCACCACUAACACUACCGCUUGCACUAAGAUUACCACUGCUGCCAUAGCCAACACCUCCAGAUAUUCCAACCCCAUUGGCUGAUCCGUAGCCGUUGACGACACCUCCAUUACCUCCGAUCGAGUAGCUACUGAGUGAUCCACUUGAACCGCCACUUGAUGCACCGCUACUGAGUCCAGUUGACAGAUGAACGCGUGGGGCAUGAAGCAUUCGCAAGUCCCACAGACGAUUACUGUUGUUGCGCGAGCCACUUAGCAGAGUGUAGCCAUUCGAAGCCAUCGAGAUAGACGUGACCUCACCAAGUGUCUGGCGUAAUGUGUGAACACACAGUCCGCUAAGGAUAUCCCACAAUCGGAUAGUGCCAUCCUUUGAGCCACUUACGAUGAAGUUGGCAUGUCUGUUGAACUGGACAUCGCACACGGACGCAAAGUGGCCGCGGAAAGUCUUGACCACUGCACCAGUGGCAAUGUCCCACAAACGUACACUUUGGUCGUAGCCUCCAGUCACCAAGUGCGUCUCGCUGGGAUGCAGAUUCACUGUGUAUACAUCGCCACCGUUUGGACUCAUUAGUGUGGCCAGGCAUUCGGCUGAGGUUACCGAGUAAUUGUGAGGUAGCGUUGUGGCAGCAGCUAUAGCGGACGUGGCAUCUGAGGUAGCAGCGGCUGCGAUUUCGACCGCCGACUGCAUAAUGUUAGCUCCACGUUGACCGUUCAAGAGAUCGUCGUCAUCAUCUUGAGCCUGCUGAGCCGCAGCGCGCUCUUCCAGAGCUGCACGCAAGUCCCAAACUUUGACGGUACCAUCACCCGAUCCUGAGUAGAGACGCUCUCCUGAUAAACUCGCAGUAAGAUACCAGAUUCUGGACGAAUGGCCAAGUAGAUCUCGCGUCCAUUGUCGACAGACAGUCCCUGUGGUCUCGCCCACUUGCUCCUCGCCGCUCUCCUGGUGUGUCUCUGGCAGUUCGGUAGGCCAAAGCUUGAUCGUGGCAUCGCUGGAUCCAGACGCCAAUAACUCUCCAUCUGUCCCCACAAACGUGACAAAUUUUACAUUCUGCGAGUGACCGACGUAAGUGCUUUUAACUGCGUUCGGCAGCACUUCACACUCGAAGUCCCUCAACAACGUCGUAACCUUUGGAAUCGUCUUCGGGUGGUACCGACUGAACUCCAUUUGAUAGGCCACACUUUGGUGUAGUAACUGCACCAGUCGGUUGUCUGGCAUGGCCACCGGUGGAGAGGUCAUGGCGGCAUCUCCGUCCUGUUGGGGCGAAAUGACUUCUUCCAAAGCGAAUGUAGCUCUCAACUGCUCCACGAGCUUCUCUCUUGACCUGACGACCCCCUCCCAGUCGCGGAAGGCGUCCGAUUCCCCGACGGCUUUACAUGUGAGCAGGUAGCAGAGCUCCUUGAACUCGUGGCGACUGGAGCUCGUGGCGGCCGCCACCUUCUCCAGCGGCUUGAGGUGCGUGGUGAGGAAGGUGAAGGCUUUCUGAUACUCCUGCCGGUCGAUGAGCUCUAAGUAUUCUUGCUUGCAUACGGCGUAGAGGAAACCCUGGUGGGCAGCGUGGAACUUCUUGAGGUGCUUGCCCAGCAGCUUGGCCACGAGGUCCCAGUCCCCGUCCACAAUAGCGGCUCCUAGACGGCGUAAAGCGUCUCGCUCCUGUAGCCUACCGUGGCUCUUGACGUUGGCCUCGUCCUGGAUCGUAGCGCUAGACAUGGCAAAGCCUUCCUGUUGGAGGUACUGAGUGAUGAGCGCCAGCAGCUCCUGCUUGAUCUGCGUGUCAUGCUCGUCGAAGGUCGCCUCCGGGGGAAUGCUAGUGCGGUGGUGGCCUACAUGAGACCAUUGCGCAGUCGCUGAACUCACGGAGCUCGUGCUGGUCCGCCGACUCGCGGGGGGUAGCGGGGGCGUCGGUGCAUCGCUCAUUAGCUGCGACGAAAUGAAGCUACUAGGUCACAAUUUAGAUUAAUGACAUUUUGGAGC